AUGUUGGCGUUUUUCCAGCGUAUUCUCGAUUGGAUUCGAAGUCUUUUUUGGAAGGAGGAAAUGGAACUAACAUUGGUUGGUCUUCAAUACUCGGGAAAGACCACUUUUGUUAAUGUAAUUGCUUCCGGGAAGUUUGAUGAAGAUAUGAUACCUACUGUUGGUUUCAAUUUGCGCAAGGUUACUAAGGGGAAUGUCACUAUAAAGAUGUGGGAUAUCGGUGGUCAACCUCGUUUCAGGAGUAUGUGGGAACGGUAUUGCCGGGGAGUCAAUGCGAUUAUUUAUAUGGUAGAUGCUGCUGAUCAUGAGAAACUAGAAGCUUCGCGCAACGAGCUUCAUGGUUUGCUUGACAAACCCCAGUUACUUGGCAUCCCUGUUCUGGUGUUGGGAAACAAAAAGGACUUGCCAAAUGCUCUUGCGGAACAUGAGCUAAUUACAGCUCUCAAUUUGGGGGCUAUUACUGACCGUGAGAUAUGUUGUUACUCUAUCUCAUGCAAAGAACAAGAAAAUAUAGACAUCACACUCCAAUGGCUAAUUAAACAUUCUAAAUCUAACCGAUAAAAGUAAUGGAUUUGAAAUAAUACAUUUCUCCGAUUGAUAAUAAUCUCUAAUUCACCCAAUGAAUAAGUUAUAAUACCAUCUCUGGCUGGAUAUUAAACAUUAUGGACAGUCCGAGUUAAUUUUUGAUUUACACGUUAUUUUUCUCAUAUAUUGGUCAUUAUGCGAAGAUUUAAUUAAAUUCCAUCUGUAAUCCCGAUAUACCUUCGUAACCACUCACAGGAGAAUUGAAAUAAAAAAUCUCAUCUUAUUUCAUUGUGUAAUAAAUUUCUUUACGGUAAUAAACUGUUACAUACACAAUCAUUUUCGUAUUCACAUUCCUUAUAUUUACUUCAUUAUAAACUUGAACUAAACAAAAAUAUUUCUGUUAUCUCACUUCAUUGAAAAUGUGUAUGACUGCUAUUUGCUUAUUAUUUUUGUAUGCUUGAGUUGGAAAAUGAUCAAUGUGUAGUAGUAGUAUCUUGUUUCUUGCUUCAUCUCUAAUUAUUUCAACUCGGUAGUGGAUAAAAACGGAGUAAUUACUAUUCGUUGUUUCGUUGCUUUUCCACUGAACUAGUGCCGCAUUUGUUUUUUUCCCUAAAUACCUGAUUUUCGUUUUACUUUAUUCGUGUUUUUACUUCACUAACUCUUUCAAAUUAACCUUCCACUUUUUGAAUAUAGUCGGUUUGUUUUUGUGUCUCUUUUUUGGUCAGUCAGUUUUAAUUACAGUAAACCAAACACUAAGCUUCACUGAAUGUAAUAGUUAUUUUUUUAGGGAUGCUAGUAUUCUCUAUUUUCUAUGCAUAAUAUACAUUAAAGCCACAAAAUCAACAGAUAUAAUGUACUCUAAUAAUUUUUUGUCUUAUUAAUCAUGUUGGUGACAAUUUAUUUUCGUUAUAGAUUAAAUCUGAUGCUAAUCUCCUUUUUGGUCUAUAAUUAGUUCAUAUAUUUUUCUGCAUCCAUCUGAACAUGUUUUUCAUUUGGUGAUAAGAUGCAUAGGUAGUAACUUUCAGAUUUUUCGUUAAGCGGCUUUAAAUCUAACGUAGCUGUAAAUUAAUAGGGGGGGGGGAGAAUUACUUGUGAAGUAUUGUAUUAUAUUCAUAACACAUUGAGUGAUGACUUCUGAACCGUAUACUACUGUACUGAGACUAUGAUCCAUCAAUCAUUACGUUAUAAGUAGUAAGAGCUAAAUGAUUAAUGUUUGGACAGAUACAUUAAUACUGGACCUAUUAUAAACGUGUGUUGAUCCACGUCGCCAAAACACAUUAACAUAAUCAGAUAAAGUUAACAAAAUAUAUAGUGGAGUCGAAAUAGUGUAGCAAAGAUCAUGAUUAAGAAGACUAAGCGUUGAUACUGUGGGUUAGAAAGACAAUCGUAUAUAUGAAAGGAUACUGAUCUAGAUCUAGAGUUAUCGAGCAAAUCCCAACCAAAUAAUCUUCAUCUACCAGCACGGCUCAAAUCUGCAGUCUGUAACUUCAUGGGACAAAUCCUGACCAUUUCAGUCGAUCAAGGUUUACAAGCCCAUCCAGCAUCUACUUCUAUGCAGUAUGUAAGCUGGUAUACAUAUAGGUUGUAAGAAAUCUAAGAACGGCCGGACAAUGGCAUGGAAUCAUCCCAUGAAGUCACAGACUUCAGAUCUGAACCAUGGUGGUAGAUGAAGAUUAUCUGGUUGGGAUCCGCUUGAUAACUGCGGUCGGUGGCUGGCAUUGGGUAGUUUCCCUGAAAAUCGGUCACAAUGGUGUGGAUUUCAUUCACUCAUUAUCUUCCUUUGAAUGCUGUAUUUCAGAUUUAUUGUGCACUUUUCAAUUCUCCGUUAAAUACAUUCUUCUUGAAUCAUAUUCUCCGUGCUUAAGGUUUUUUAAUAUUGCUGAUGAUGCUAUUAUUUCUCCUUUCGUAUUCACCUUGAUACUUUCAUCUUUUUAUGCUGAUGCGGUGUAACAACUUGGAUCGAUUCACAUUUGUCCCAAAUACUAUGUUGCUUAUGACUACAUUAUGACCAGUUAUAUAUAUUUGCUACUGCCAACAUCACAUUUUGUGUACUCAAUAUUUAAAAAAAAUCUUUAGGAACGAGUGAAUUAGUGUUUAUCCUUAAGUUAAUUCACUUGAUAUACUUUAAUAAAUAGAAAACAGGAACAUUUAUGAGAUAAAAUGAAUUCUCAAUUCUAUUCAUGACUUCACAUUCACACUACUUAUAAUACCGGGCGAGAUUAAUUUGAAAACUGUAGGUGAUUAAUAAAUCAAAAAGUGUAAAUCACUUCUGAUUUAUAUAUGAUUGAGAAGAAUGUAAAGAGAAAAAUCACUAGCAAUCAUUGACCAAUUUUGCAAUACGUAAAAAUCUAUAGAAAUCCGUUUCAACAGUUGGAACCAGAAAGGCAACACUAAAUAAAAAAUCACUUUCCAAUUUUGCACAGUUCACGGUAACAUGUAAGAAAUACCGUAAAUUCAUUUUAUCCUACACAUAUUUAUGCAUAAAUUUUGUUCUGUAUUAUUUAUUGUUUUGAUGGUUAUAAAUGACAAAAUAAUUUGAGAAACAGAUUUACAAAAUAACUCAAUCCAAAAUUGCACAUGAUCUGAUUCUUAUUUAAAAAUAACUUCAUGAUAUCAUCCUCUCUAGUAUAAGAUUUGGAAGUGCUAGAUUCAAUCCUGUGUGUACUAUAUUUUGGAUGUGUUCACAACUAGUACGCCACAAUGUCGGAUUCGUAAACUAGAUGAUUAGCAAAUCAUUCUAUCCAAAUGUUGUCGAUUUGUGAUGAAAAUUAUUUUCCGAAAAUGUUUAUGUGAACUAAAGAAUUGACUUGGAAUGUUGUUACAUCAUUAUUACUUCUAGUUCUUUUUUUACAAUAUAGUUUCAAUAUUUCAACCUUGAGACUAUGAAUAAUAAGCUUUUUCUCCACAUUGUCGUUUAGUAAAUAAUACUACGUUAUACUGUAAUAUAUUGACAAACAGGGAGAAUGUUUUAAUAUAUUGUUACAUUAUCUUAGUUCUGUAUUAAUCUUAGAACAGGAUAAACUUGAAAGUUUACAUUCUAACUCACUGUAAUUCGUGUUCUGUUUUUAGUUCUAUAUGAUAAACAUUUGGUUUUAAUUCAGUGAUUUCUUAUUCAAUAUAAUCUUCAUUUUAUUUUAGUGUGACAUUUUUUGUAAUAAUUUAGUGCAAACUUCAUUCAGUAUAACGUGCAACACGUAUUUUGUUUUAAUAACUAUUCAUUUUAGUAUUUUUUCCUAUUUCGAUUAUUUGUGACAUUCAUAAAAUGUCAAUAAA